UACCCUUACUUCCUCAUUUUCAAACAACACCAAAUCAGUACACCUUACUCUCCUUCUCCCUCACGUUUUGUGUGCCUCCUCAAACCAAACCAACUGCUCCACCCUCUCCCCUCCACCAACGGACACGCCUCCUUCCUCUCCUACAGCAGCCAUGAGUCUUCCAAGCACAGCAGCCACGUUGUGGUUUUUCUGCGGCGGCAGUAGGCGCCCAGCACCACCACCGGCUCCUUUGGGCUGACCUGUGUCACCCCACCACCAUACACUCUUUUCUCUUCCUUCAAUGGUGAUUGAGGGUCUAUCUCUUACAGGGGGUAGAUCCACUUUCAGGUUGCCAUCUUUAGUGCAGAUGGAUGUGCUGCUCAUUUAUGUGUCAUGUGUUGCGAUAGCGAGGACAUCGUUUUCGGAAGGUUAACUUAUAAUGACAUUUUGACAAAUCAUGUCUUUUUAAAUAAAAAAUAGAUAUUUUAUAAUGUAUUAAUUUAGUUUAUAAUUGGGUUGUAAGUAAUUGUAUUACAGUUUUGUAAAGUUUUUAAAUACUUUGAUAUUGGUUGCUGUGGCUAUCGAGCCACAGGUCGGAUUCAGCCCAGACUUCUAUAAGUCUUCCGCUGUGCUUUGUAGACAAUAUUAUUAUUAUAUUGUUUACGCUGGUUUGAGCUGUUUCAUUAUGGCUCUCAAGAGAGAUGAAGCCGAGGUUACACCAGGAGUUGUGACGGGUACGUUCUUGGUCAACAACAAACCGGCAUAUGUUUUAUUUGAUUCUGGAGCAUUUCAUUCAUUGAUUGCAUCUUCAUGUAUAUCAAAGUUGUCUUUGUCUAGUUCACUUGAGAUAAGUAGUGAGUUUGCCCAACCAUCGGGCGAGAGAAUCUUAUGUCAGCGAGUGUAUAGGGAUAUACCAUUAGACUUUAUGGGAAUAGAUUUACGCGUAGAUUUAAUAGAGUUUCCUCUGGAUAAUUUUGAUGUUAUCUUGGGAAUGGAUUGGCUGAGGAAGUACAAGGAGAUCAUUGAUUGUUGGUUGAAGAAAGUGUCUGUACGAGGGUCUAAAGGGCAGAGAGUGACUUUUAAGGGUUUUGUGCCAAAGAAUCACACUAAGAUCAUAUCUGUUAUCAAGCUGAAAACAUAUUCGAGAAGGAAUUAGCCUAUGAUUCUAUGUCACGUGGUAGACACGACGAUGAGCACACCCGAGAUAAGAGAAAUACGUGUAGUAUGUGAGUUCGAGGAUGUUUUUCCUUCUGAGAUACCUGGAUUACCACCUCCGAGAGCAGUUGAUCUGACGAUUGAUCUUGUACCGGGCACGAGUCCUAUAUCGAAGGCUCCCUAUUGCAUGGCACCCAGAGAGACAACAAAGUUAAAGGUGCAAUUGUAAGAGUUGUUAGAUAAGUGUUAUAUACGCCCAAGCGUGUCUCCUUGGGGCGCACCCGUUCUCUUCGUCAAGAAGAAAGAUGGGACCUUUAGACUAUGUGUAGAUUAUCGAGAGCUUGUGACCCCUUUACUCAAGUUUUGAAAAUGCGAUUUCAGUUUUCUUGGGAAAUAAACCCCGUGAUGACCUUGUUUACUUAGUCAACGGUAAGUAGGGUUGUUACAAUAAUUGAUACCUUUAAGGUCGAAAUUGAUUUCUUUUAUAAGUUACUAGUUUAGAAGCCGUGCAAUGCACGUAUAGAGACAUAUAUAAAUAAACUUUUUAAUGAAUA